CGGAAGUCAGACUGAUCAACAACCUGAGUUACGACUCAGGCAAAACUUUACUGCAGUUACAACUGAUAAACUUUCUUUAAGUUAUUUUCCGAUACAGAUGCGGUAAUAAUAUGUGGCACAUUAUGGGGGAAGCAUUUUUCUGUUUCGGUGGAAGUUUUGUGCUCAAAGUCAGUGGCUAGUUUAGCCAUUUGGAGCAGCUUAGUUAGCUAACUUUUUGUCAGCUGACCCAGCAGUGUAAUAUGCCCAGGUAUUACUGCGUGCUUAAUAUUAACAAGGUUGCCGGUGUAGCUGGAUUGUCUGCUAGCUUUCGUUGACACGUCCUGCUGGGUUUUCUGUGGCGCUGAGAGAGCCCGGUUUGCAAUGCUCCUGCAGCUGCUCCCACCUGUGAACUAGCUGGAUCAUCUCCUGCUGUCCCCCGUCCGCAGUUGUCCGAUGGCUCACUGCGGCUCCUCCGAGUCCAGCUCAAAGGUUCAGGUACCUCGUCCGGACAGCGCCAUGCCGUCGCAGGGUAGCGUAGACCAGAGCAUGAAGCCGGUUCUGUUCGAGGUCUUCGGCGAAAUAUGGACCGUCCAGUCGCGACUCGGCCAGGGAGUCUCGGCCUCGGUGUACCGGGUCAGCUCAGGCAGAGCCACCACCGCCGCUGUCAAGGAGUUUCAGGCCGACACUCAGGGAGGAGACUACGGGUAUCGCAAGGAGAGGUCCGUGCUGGAAGACAUCCAGGGACAUAAAAACAUCGUGACGCUGUACGGGGUGUUCACCAACCACAGCUGUAUGGGUGUUGCCACGCGCUGUCUUCUGCUCGAGCUCUUGGAUGUCAGUGUGUCCGAGCUGUUGGUGAGAGGCAGCGGUGGUACCCAGGGUGGUAGACCCCAGCAGGGCCACUCCAUGUGGCUUGUCCAACACUGUGCCAGAGACAUCCUGGAGGCUCUCGCCUUCCUUCAUAGAGAAGGCUACGUCCAUGCUGACCUCAAGCCACGCAACAUUCUCUGGAGCGCUGAUGACGAGUGCUUCAAGCUCAUCGACUUCGGCCUCAGCUUCAAAGAGGGAAACCAGGAUGUCAAGUACAUCCAGACAGACGGGUAUCGCGCUCCAGAGGCUGAGUUUCAGAACAGCCUCGCUCAGGCUGGGGUGGAGGUGGAGGGAGACUCGGGCUGCACUGCCGCCGUGGACCUGUGGAGCCUGGGCAUCAUCCUGUUGGAGAUGUUCUCAGGAAUCAAACUUAAAGACACCGUCCGAUCACAGGAGUGGAAGGAUAACAGUGCCGCCAUUGUAGACCAUAUCUUUGCCAGCAACAGUCUGGUGUGCCCUGCCAUCCCUGUCUACCACCUCAGAGACCUUAUCAAAAGCAUGCUUCUCAAUGACCCAAAGCAGAGAUGCACAGCUGAAACCGCCCUCCUGAGCCCAUUCUUCAGUAUUCCUUUUGCUCCUCACAUUGAGGACCUGGUUCUGCUGCCCUCUCCUGUCCUGCGUCUGCUCAACCUCAUUGAUGACAGCCAUCUGCACAAUGAAGAAGAGUAUGAAGACAUCCUGGAGGACAUGAAAGAGGAGUGCCAGAAGUACGGCUCAGUGGUUUCUCUGCUCAUCCCCAAGGAGAACCCAGGGAAAGGACAGGUCUUUGUAGAGUAUGCCAACUCCAGCGACUCCAAAGAGGCUCAAAGGCUGCUGACAGGCCGCACCUUUGAUGGGAAGUUUGUUGUGGCCACCUUCUACCCUCUCAGCGCCUAUAAAAGAGGUUACUUGUACCAGACUGUGCAGUGAAGUGCUUAUGCUCAAUUUACACCUCUGCACUGUUCGCAUUAAAAAACACAACUGCAUAGAGCACCACAGGGGAGGAGUCAUGUUUUCCCUAUGAAUAUACAGCCAACACACAGUCAUGCGUGGUUGCCCUGCAGUUUGAGUUCAGAUGAUUCUGUUAUUAAUCAGUUGAAUAGUUGAAAGUUCUGCACAUUAUCCGUGUGUAAAUCUGUGCAGAGUGUAAAUUGAACUCGGCUGGGAGGGGGAAACGGCAACACUUUAUUUCUGCUGCCUCCAGUCUGUGCACUAUUAACAGUUCACAUCCUUGUGUUUCAAGUUGACCUGUAUCUAUCUCGUGUAAUAAGUCCAGGCCGGGGGUCUGUGGUGUGGGUACCACAGUUCCUGUUCUGACUUCCAUUUUCACUCCCAUUCGUUCAUAGAAAUUACCACACAGAAAGAAUGUGUAAUUGGGACAAGAAAAGUUGCUACAGCAAAAGCCUUUAUCAAAUGAUAGUGUAAAGUUUGAGUCUAUGCUCUACAUAACAUCUAAAUAGUUGCAUCUCUCUAGAUAGAUGAUUAGAUCUCAUCAGUUGAGUCAGGGAUGUGAUCAGAAACAUGUAGCAGGACACUGAACGAGAGUCUCUUUACUGCUCUCAGCUGAAGGUUUCCUGUGGUGAAAUUAGUGUCCUAUCCUGUUGUUAAAUAAGUAAUAAUAAGUAUUAUAUUAUUGUUGCCUGUUUGUUUUUGUUACUUUGAAUUUUAAUGAGAGGAAAUGGCAUGGUACAAGGGGAUAUACAGGUAUCCUCUGCUGGCUCCUCAGGUAAUAAUCAGGGACAGAUGGUUUGGGGUGACGCCUCCACCAGCUGGUAGUUGUCACUCACUCACUCACUCUCUGCCAUUAUCUGAGCAUGCUAAGGUCUCACAGUGUCCUGUAGCCUUAUGCUCUGUAGCUCUUUAUUUACAAAAGUCUACAUACUCAGAGGAUAUUUUAUUCACCAGUUUACUAUGCUCCCGUUUAUCAUGACGUAGAGGGAGUUUUGUGUUUUGACUGCAACACUGAAAUGGCACACGAACAAGUAAAUGUUUAUGAGUACAUGCUGAAAAUCAUAGGAGGGUUCAUCUGGCUUGCUUGGUUAGAAAAGUACAAACAUAUAAAAAAAAUCUCAAUUGUCCAAAAACCUUUUUCCAGUUGCAAAAUGAGUCUAUGAACAAAAAUAGCAGCAGCAGAAAUGUCUUGUAACUAAGUAACUAAAGCCAAGUACACUUAAUUUUACUUCAUAGUCACUGUGUAAUUUGAGUUAUUAUUAUUGAAAAUGCAGAUACAGUAGCCUGUGUACAUUCACAGGAGUAGUUUAAAGCCACUGUGUGAUGAACAUUUAUAGCGUCUUUCAUGGCUUAGGUUGUUUUGCAGGUUGCUUUUGCAAAUUUUUGCAUUGACAAUGCAAGGUGAAUACUGACUGUGCUAACUAGACAGAUUAGACAGAUAAUUGUCCUACAAUGUUCAAUGAGUCUUUCAGUUAGUUUGCAUGCGAACCAGUGGAUUGAUGGCCAGACUGCAAGCCUAACAUUGUAGCACGAUAUGGCCAAAGUGUCUGUUUUUGGAGUUCCCAAAAUACUGCCCAUGUUUCCUAAUUUUGUGACAAGGUAUUUUGAUUUAUGAAUCAAAAAUGUGACAGAAAUGUCUCAAAAUGUGCAGUCUUGUAGAGCCAAAUAUAUUAUAUAAUUAAUGUAUUAUAAAGUUAAAUUGGACAAUCAAGACAAUAAGACAGUCCAGGAAGAAUUACGUUUGAUAGCAGCGACAGUCAGCAAGCUUGGUAUUUUUACAGUGGAAUGUACUUUUUGUUGUAGAACCAGAUAUUCUUUUGUUUUCUGGGUUCUUAUUCUCUUGGUUCAAAAAUCCACUCUGUCACACUGAAACAUUAGAUGAUUUCUACAUAAGUGCCCUAUGACAUUCAAACUAGCUAACUAACCAAAAUGCUGCUAUAACAGCAGGUUGGCUACACCUGCAUGUGUCGUUCAUUAUGUAGCCCAAGCCAUUGCAGAUGCCUUAGAGAAUUAUUCCCUUCCAGCAAAUGUAGUCUGGCCAAGUAACCAAACCAGUCUUUGUUAGAGACAAUGAGCAGAGAUUUGUUUCAUUUUUUUUGUAUAGCUACUCAUUGCUCAUCUGGUUAAAGCCAGACUGUGUAACUUUUACUGAACAGAGACCAUUUGUGACCUGUGACAGUAAUGGUAUUUUGCCAACACUGGUAUUAGCUACAGUUACUGCUAAACUGAUGGUGUUGGCUAAAUGCUAAACUGCGAAAUGCUAAAAAGGUUUAUGGUUAAGCAUAAACUACUAUUUAGCACUUCAGUGUUGUUAACCAUUUAGCUAAAAUGCUAUGUACUUGUAACAGUCGCACAAUUGUAGAAGAGUCAUAAAGUUAGCAAACUGUUUUACAUGCAUAAUUAAUAGUUUGCUAAUACUAGCUAACAUUAGCCACCAUAAGCUACUGGUCGUGCACGACAGUGUACACUGCUGUAGCAGCAAAACCCCUAGUGUACUGAACUGAGCUUACUGCUCAUGGAUUCAACCUUACAUUUGAAAGAGGAAUACAUUGUAAUUUCUUCUCUAAAAGUUUCAUAGUCUUGCUUUAAAGUCUGGUGUUUGAAGAGCUGCUAGAACUGGAACUGGUUCACUCAUGUUAGAAAGAGCACAAAUGUCAAACCCCACACUGUGUAAAUGGGUACUGUGAUUUGAGCAUGUGAGACAAAUUGUUAUUCAUAUAAAAUAAGAAAAUAUUGUAAGCUUAUGGACAUAAAUCUUCCUCUGCCUGAGAACUAUUUUUAUCAAAUAAUGUGUUACUCUUUCCCCUGUUAGAAAAUAUGUUCAGAGUCAGAGGAAAGGUUGCAGUUUUGUCUGAUCUGAAGUACAACAAAAAACUAUUUUUCUACAAACGUUAUUGGAAUGCGUCUUCAAUGUCAAUUCUAAAGUUUCCACAGCAUCACUGGCCAAAAUAAAAUCCAUUUGAAACUUGAAGUAGACUCUAACCACUUGACUAUACAGCACUUUUAAAUGAGCAGUCUGUGGUACGAUGGUCAGUGUUGUUAGUUACUUGUAACCAGUGGUCCUUGAAUUAAAAACUAAAGAACACAUUUUCUUCUUCCUCAUCACAGUUUAUCAAGGACCUGGUGCAGAAAAUUCAUCUUUGAUAAUCUCAAGGUAUUCCUUUAAGCCAUUUGAAGUUUGAUUUGUCCUGGAUUUUCAUUUAUGCUAUCUUCUGUAUCUAUAGUUCAGCUGCUUGCCCAGUUUUGUGUAGCAGUAUUGCCGUAUGAUUAUUGACUAGGUCCCCUGCAAAAAUAAACUUACCACAGGUUUACUGUACCUUAUCAAAUAAAGAAUUUGGGCUGUACAUUCUGUGGCUUUCAGGACAUUGUACAGGGAACUCCCUUUGUUUGUGUUUUAUGAUGCAUGACAAAAAAGAGUGUAUGUAAGUUGUGUUCUUUACAUGGUUUUGAGAUCCUGUGCGAGAGUGUAGACUUGAAUAAUUAGAGGCGCUGUGUUAGGGAGUGUGUGUAGAAUCUGCUGUGAUGAGGUGAAGUCUGAAAAUGAGGUGACUUGCUGGGAUGCUGUGUAACUCAGCAGUUCCUACUAAUUGAAGUCUCAGUCAAUGUGAUUAGAAAUGUAACGCUUUAUUUUACAGGUCCGAGAUUUCGUAAUAAUUAUCUCAGAAAGUUAUUUUGAAAGAACAAUAUCACUUGGUACUUAUUAUGGGGAAAAUAGCUUCAUUUAAACCAAAGUAAUUAUUCAUUCAAAUACAUUCAUUCUUACACUCAAUGCCCAUUUGGGUUCAGUUGUAAGUGAGAGAUCCACAAAUCUCCACAAAGUUGCUAACUUACCGUUACUAUCGGAAUAGCAACAAAUGACCGACCACAUUGUUGUACAGAUAUCAAGUAGUGAAUCCUUACCUAACAAACUGAUACAAAUUACGCAAAUGAAAUAUUCCAUUUUUUACAGAUUGAGGGUUUUUAUUCUCACACAUGCAUACAGCAUGUGGUCUUCCACACCUAAACUAAUCUUAACUUGGCUCCGUCCGGCCAUUAUAGUCAUCAUUAUUCCUGUUUUGAGACAGAAGUAACAGAGAAACCCAGAGGCACAUGACUUUUGUGUCAUGCUGCAGACUUUAUUAACAUCCACCGAAUCCUCUAUUUAAAGCGACACUGCCAUUGUUAAAUGCACUGCAACAUGAUCAGUUUAUAGCCGGUUCAUUCAUUAGUUCAUUUGUCAUCUUGUGUCACAAACUGGAUGAUGGGAUUGAUUAUGAAUCUAGGAACAGUACAAAUGUUUGGUGUGUAUUAAUGUUACUGUAUGUUAUUAGGUAAUUAGUUGUGUAUGGAGUUUACAUAGAAAAGGGCAAAGCAGGUUUUUCUAUUGAUGGCUGGAAAUUUAAAUUAUAAUGUACAUUUAUGGAUAAAUAAGAGAGUCUGGUGCCACUUAUUUCAACUUUGGCUCUAUAAGCAUUACUACUCUAAGAAAUAACCUGCUGCCACAGAGCUGUGAGUAUCUACAGUAGAAAUGUAAAUAUUUAGCAGUGUUUGAAUAUUAGACUCAAAUAUUUAUUGAGGCUACCGUUGUCCUGGAAGAUAUAGUAUCAAGUUGUUUGCUGCAUGCUGAUCCUCUUCGGGCUAGAAGCUCAUUUUGGUUGAAUUAAAAAGUAUAUUCUUUCUAGUUGAGCUCUAGAUAUGCAAAAGCAGCUGUUUUUUAGGUUGGUUUACACAUUAUCACUUUUUAAAUAUUAUAUGUCCCCCCCCCCCCCACCUUUAGUGUAGUUAGUUUAAAAAAACAAACACAUGUAUUCUCAUGUGAAAAAAACCCAAUAUCAUAGAAAACAGACCCUCCCUGUAGACUCAUUGUAACUCCAGAACUUUCCUGAGAAUUGGAUUGUAUAUUUGUGUUUGUUGUGUUGGACUGCAGGGCUGAUGAUGAGCACACAGUGUUGGUCAGCAGGGACGUAGAGGAGACAGGUUGAGGAACAAGUUUAGAUGCCUUAAGGAGCUCUGUCACGCUUGUUGGGUGAUCCUGAGCCGAAAGGGAUUUUCUUGCUGUUAUUAUAUAUGUCAUUAUCAUAUCAUAGAGUUAUAAAUGUGUUAAAGCUGCCUUGCUUUGACCUGCACUGGCUUCAAGUCAAACGUGGGACAAACAGAGGCCUCUCUGAAAGCAUGUAGAGUGGAUGCAUGAAGUGUCUCGCUCUGUUUCCUUCCUGGCCUGCUUUGUUCUCCUUCCCUAUUUUUGCGUCUGUCUCUGACUCAAACUUAAAGCUGUAUUAGACAAGAUUUUUACUUGUCAUCUGUUUGAAUUAAAUUCUGGUUUUGUGUGUGGACAUUAAAGGGAAAUGUGAGCUCACAAGAAAUAACAGCAAAAUCCAAACAGGCCUCUGCAAAAGAAGCAAAAUGUAGUUGUUGGGGUUUUUUGUCGUUGACACUACAUUACAUGGUUUCUGGGUUUUUUUUAAGUCUUAAAACUCUUUCUUCUUCUACUCUGUCUUCCAUUUCUGCCACCUAAUACAUUGUUUUUAUUUCUUCUUUUUGCUCCUCUGCGUGGAUCCUUUUAUGCACUGAAAGGACUUCUGGGUUAUGCUUUAAUUUCAUGGCACCUGAAUUCUAAGCCUGACUUUGAUAAGCUGUCAGCACAUUUGUGCAUCAGUGUGCGUCGAGAUAAUUGGGACUGUGUGUGUGUGUGUGUGUGUGCGCUCGUCUAGAGGGUGAAGUGGCUCUAAAAAGGUUUAUAGUUUUUGGAGGCAGCAUUUAUAAGUUCAUGUAUAAUCUACCCGUGUUUGUGUGGUACAUAUGUAACAUUAUGUGUCAGACUAUUUUCGUGUGUGUGUGUGUGUGUGUGUGUGUGUGGUAUAUUGCUGAAGCAUCCUAUGCCUGUUUACUUGCAAAAGGCAAUCUCAAAUAAUUUUAUAGUGUGAGUUAGAGUCAGUAUGGAACUGAAGAGUAAAUAUGCAAGAGUGCAGCCAGCCAUUUAUGCUGUGAUGUCUAUAGUAUCCAUUCCUGUUAACUAAGCACACAUUAGUUAAGACAGUGGUGUCCAGAAAAGAUUUAAUGAGGAGUGCUAGCAAGUCCUAGCUUGUUGGUGGAAAUAGUCAGUUAAAGUUGAAUACUACAACAAUGACAUCUGCUGGUUCAUUUUUUGAGCUGUCAAUAAUUACAAUUAAUGUGAUAUAUAUCGACAAGUGUUUAGCCUACUUGUGGUAGAAAAGAACUGUGAUAUUGCGUAAAUAACAUCGGCUUUCUUCAAAUUCUGAUUUAAAGCUGAAAUAAUUGAUUGAUUUUGCAGGCAAGGAAACCAAAACGACUAUCCAAAAUUGACUUAAAGUUCUGCAGAGCUUAGAACUGCAGAGCUGGGUGAAAAUUCUCUGCGGGUGUGGCACAACGAAUGACCACUUCCACAUUACACACAGUUCUUUCAUUGUUACUAUAGAAAAAUAUUGGUUAGUGCAGCUUUAAAUGCCUGUUCACGUUUGAACAUUGUGGUAUUUUCAUAUAAAAAGGUUCCUGUGAGCCCCAACCUGAAUAACUAAGAACAGUAAUUUAAACCCAAAUCUGACCUUAUUAGCAAUCAGGUUUGGGAAUUAAUGAGCUGCACAAGCUCUGAGGGCCUAGAAAUACCAAAUCCUGACAGAACUGUCAGACAUCUGAAAACUAAAGUAAUUUGAUCGGCAGGGAGAACUUGCAUAGAUAUUGUUGUCAUGUCAUUUUUGAGUUAUUCAGACUCAAAAUGAUGUCCAUAGUGUAAUAUUGUUUUAAAAUAUCAAAAGACAAUCAUAAUGACAAUGUUUGCGUUUGUUGGGUUUUUGGUUUCCUUUUGGUUUUAUAUGAACCACUUUGAUUGAGAAGCAGUUGGAUUUCAACACUAUGUGGGAUAUUAUGUUGGAUGAAAGAUUUGGCCGCAUAAAUUGCAAUCAUUUUUUUUUUUUUCAUUGAAACAUUGCAAUUGAGAGUUUGUGUUAAAUAGUAAGUAGUCCUGCUUUGUGAAAUACCCCACAGGUCAAACUAUACUGAAAACAAAUUAUUGUCACUUUUUUUUUUUUUUCAAACUUCUGCUUAAAGGAAGCACAAUGUGAGAAGGCCACUGUAUGCAUGACACAUACAUUUAUGAAACUAUGAGUUAGCCCAUGCUUCACAGCCUUCCAGUUGAGAGUGAAUCAUGUGUCAUCAUACUGUUGUGUUUGAGUAUCUCCUAAUAAAAAUGAUGCUUGACUUGAA